UGCAUGUCAGUCUCUCUCUCUUAAAAAGCAAGAAAUAAUAGAAUAAAAUAAAGCAAAAAAGAAAAAAAAGCGAUGAGCGGUUUUCGGCUUUUAGGCUGGAUUCUGAUAUUCCACCCACCAUAAAGAAAAACCACUCUCAUUCAUUUCUCUCAAAACCGGUUUUCUCCUCAAAACCACCGGAUCUCUCUCUGUGUUUCUCGAUCUUUCCAUGGAUUCUUCGAUUCGAUUAUUCAACAGAGAGAGAACUGUUCAUCAGAUACUCGGCGGAGGACUCGUUGCAGAUGUGAUGUUAUGGAGACAAAGAAAUGUAACGGUGGGAAUACUGUUUGUAACUCUUGCUGCAUGGGUGGUUUUUGAGAGAUCUGGUUAUACUCUGAUGUCACUUGUUGCUAAUGUCCUCCUGCUCUUGAUUGUCAUUCUCUUCCUCUGGGCAAAAUCUGCAGCAAUUCUCAACAGGCCUCCUCCACCCUUACCAAAUCUGCAACUCUCAGAGGAAGUGGUGAAUGAAGCAGCAGUCUUUGUCCAAUCUCGAGUGAAUAAUAUACUCUCGGUCUCUCACGAUAUUGCCCUCGGAAAGGAUUCAAGGCUUUUCCUUAAAGUAGCUGUGUAUCUAUGGCUGAUUUCAGUUGUUGGCAGCUUGACUGAUUUUCUUACCUUGGGUUAUACAGGCCUUGUCAUCGUCCUUACCGUUCCUGCCUUGUAUGAGAAGUAUGAAGAUCGUAUCGAUGGAUUUGCUAUGACAGCAUACAUGAAAAUGAAGGAACUUUACAUGAGAUUAGACGCUGAGUGUUUCAGCAAAAUUAGGAGAUGGAUUCUAGAGAAGAGGAAGCUGAGUUGAUCUUGCCUUCCUGUAUAUCAUGUGUGCCGUAUCUCGAACACUGUUAGUUUUUUCGUGAGUGUUUGGGUUUUUUUUUUUUUCGGUUUUUGUUUUCCAUUUCCUUUCUAUACCACAACUCAGAGGUUUUGGAAUUUUGAGUCUGCGGUGGGUUUGAAAUCUUUCAGCGACAGGCACCUGAGAAUUGGUGAAAUUGGUGUUGUUUAUUGGGGUUUGAUAUAUAGAGGGUGUAGCUUCGGUUUGAUACAUAGGGGGCUUGGUUUGUGUUGAUUGGAAGUUUGGGGCGUCUGUUUUGAAUUGUAAUGAAUGAGAAUGAAAUUGGGAGAGUUCUGCUGAA